UAGCUUCAUAUUCAAAGCACUCUAUAAAUUAGCUCCAACUUGUAAAAUCAUGUCCAACUUUCAUCCCAUGUCUAAUAUAACAACCACCCUCAUCCACAUAUACAGAUACCUUGUGUUAACAGUUUUCUCAUGUAAGCGUCAUGUUUUCCUCCUUCACACCUUUACUUAUGUUAUUCUCUCAGUCUGACACAGCCUCCAGGCCACUCCCCACUCCCAUCAAGGCUCACCUAUCCUUCAAAGCAAAACUCAGCUCAGAAGUUGUUUCUCUGCUCUUUUAGGCCCCGUUUUUCUAUACUUCAUUUGGCACGAAAUAAAGUCUGCCUCAUGUUUGACCUACAUGUGCCUGGGCAGCAGAAAUAUGUCUUAACCAUCCUCAUAUUUCCCACAACUUCUAGCAAAGUAAUUCUAUGUACAUAGUAAUUGAAUUAUUGAAUUAAUUUCUGUGGCAACAGUGAGAAUGAGCCUUGCAAAUUUCCAAACACAGAGAAAAUAAUUGACCAAGGGCGCCAGCUAUAGGGUUCUGAGCUCUAUGCCACAUUUGCACUGGAGCUCCUCCCAGCCCAUAACUAAAGGUGGCAGGGAUACUAAGGCAGAUCUAUUCCUAGGAGACUCCUCUGAUAGCCGACACUGACGCACAGCCUUGCCGAGCCUCUCCUCACAUCCCACGGAAGUAAACGGCACAUCCGCUCAGCAGUCCCUCUGUCUCUCCUUCACUACUGGUCUUCACACCAAUGUCUGGAGUCACUCUUGUGGCUCUCCUAGCUUUUGCCAGCCAUCUCCCCAUUUUUCCCACAUAGAUAUUUCCUCUAAUAAAAUUCUUACACAUUUAGUCUAAUUUUGGCUCUGUCUCUUAGACCAGGACUGACCCAAUUUCAUAACAAACACAACUACACAUUUUUCCUGAACUUUCUUUUUAAACCCUGUGCUAUGGAAUCCUUGCCUUAGUCCCUACUUUAAUGAACAGCUCAAAUAAUAGUAUAACAGUGACAACAAUGAAUCUUUUACUAUACAUGCACUCUCUCUUUAGACCACAAUGAGGAAAAUAUGACUAGUGUCCGCACCUUACAAGAUGAGAAAAGAGAUUUAGAGAGGAUAAGUAAAUUGUCUAAAAUCACCCACUAAAUAAAUGAGAGCUAGGACUUAAACCCAUGAAGUCUAAGUCCAGAGCACAUCCUUUUAAACAUUACACUAUACUAAUAGCCUGCUAAAUCAAAUACAUUGAUAUAAGUUUGAAAUCUUUGCAUCCAUUCAAAAAUUUACAAAGGUUCACCUUCCAGUCUACACAGCUAUUCCCAAAGUACCCCAAAACUCCCAGACAGUAUAGGAUAAGCAUGGACAUCACACAUAAUUAUGAUUCAGGAAAACAUUUUUGACACUGCAUACAUUCAUUCAUUUAUUGAACAAGUAUAUUUUGAAUGACAACUAUGUUCCAGGCAAUGGCUAUGAUAAUAAAGAACACUGCUUUCUCCUUGAACAAGGGAAGAUUAUAAAAAGAGGAGUCCUAUUUAAGCCCAGAUUCAACUUCAAAAUGAUUCUAAAGUCCUGACUAUCACUUAACCUUUGAUUGUCACAAAAAUAAUUGUUGAAUCAAAAUUUCUACUUCCCACCCAUUCCUAUAAUUUUUUUCUUUAUUUAGAAGCAUUACCUUUAAUGAGUUGCCCUCUGCCAGGACCCUGAUGAUGGCAUUGGUCAGAAAUAGCUAAUUAGGACAGAAGGGCUCAAGGAUAUUUCCAUCUUUCAGCAGGUGUCAUUCUAUGACUGUCAAUCACCCACAUUAGGAACUGAAGGGGGUCACAAUCAAGGUCAAAUAUAAAUAGGAUAUGGCUGUUGCUACAGUCUCAAACACCAGUUACCAUAUCUUGGUUAUCUUGGUUGCACUCAUGCAUAAAUCAAAAUAGUAUGUUAACUCAUGAAGCAGCAGAGAAUAGUGGAAAGAUGGACUUUAACAUGAGAAAGAUUUGGGUUUUUAUCCUAGUCUACCACCUACUGACUCAAAUGAUAGACACAUAACUUAACCUUUCUGAGCCUCUGUUUCCUUAUUUGAUAUUUGUUGUGAAAACUAAAUGAGGCAUUAUAAGCAAGGAGCUUGGCAUUUUAAGUAUGUGUUCAGUAAAUACCUCUUACUAUCAUAACAUGUCUAUCUCCCUUACCAGAAAGUAGGCUCCUUUCUGACUCAUUUCUAGGUCAUAUAUCCAUAGAACCAAACGUAGUGCCUGGCACAGAAUAGAUGUUUAAUAGAUGUAAUGAAUGAAUGAAUGAUUUGUGGUCUAGACAGUUGACUUUCUAGAUGAAAAUUAGCAUAGAUAACCUUCCAGACCUAAUCUACCUUCAGCCAUGAUUCAUAAAAGCAAUUCUAAUAGCUCUUGAGCCUAAUUUCAAAAUGCCAGCUUUAUUCCAAAAGGUCAAUGCAUACAACUUUAGAAUACAGAGAAAAAAUUUCAAUCUGUCACCUUGCAAUGGCAUUUAAAUAUGAAAGGCCUGAGAAGCAAGGGUGGGGUAGAGUAUGACAAUGGGGAAGGUAGGAAUAUUAUAAGAAAAAGAGAAAAUAUAUGAAAACAAUGAUAAUUUCAUCUCUGUGAAAGAGCUCAUUUGAAGCACAGAUGAAUUAAUUAUAGCAGCAAGAAGUUACACGAUACUUUUCAUCUUCAAAGCUCUGGAUCAACUGCUAAUAUACUCUCUUUUCAUGCAAAUAAGGAAGACCCAAUGCCUCUUCCUAACAGAGUCAACGUAGGGUUCAAGGCUUACGCUUGUAAUAUUUGACUUUCUUUGAUCACAAGAUGAUGUAAGGAAAAGAUAAGUUCAGUAAUGUGGAGUACAACAAAAAGAAGAGAGAGAGGAAGAAGAGAAGACAGACAAGAAAGAAGUGAUAAAGAGAAAAGAGAAAUAGAAGAACAGUUACUGAGUACUUACAUUCUUAAGGAUUUUAUAUACAUAUCUUAUACAUAAUUUUACUUAAUCCUCAAAACCUUUGGUUUAGAUAUUAUUAUAAGAAAACUCAGGCUGAGAAAUGCUAAGAAAUUUGUCCAAACCAUAUACCUAGCAAAUGAAAAAAUUGGGAUUCACACCCAGUUUUUUCUGACUCUAGAAUCCAAAAUAUUACAAUAUCCUAAUCCACAAGGUAUCUACAAGGUAUUGAAUAAUAAGAGGCAUCUAAUACCAGACAUCUAAUUCUGACUCCUCUACUUAUUAACUAGGUGUCCUUGGGCUAGUUAUUUGAUACUUUCUGCCUCAGUUUCCUCAUUUAUAAAAUGGAGUGUAAUUAUAGUAUGUAUGUCAGAAGAUGAUAACAAAAAUUAGAUGAGCUAAUGGAUAUUCAAAUACAUAGUAAGUACAAAAUUAAUAUUAGCUAUCAUUCUCAUUACAAAAUGCAUGACUCCCUUAGUUUUUAAGUCUGUUCUCUUAUUUUAUCACUAGACUGUGCUAAACUCUCCAUGCAGUCUUGUUACCCACCAGAGAACAGACAGGACUCAUUUUAGUUUUGAUCAAAAUGAGAUGUCAUUGUCAAAGAAAUGAACUUGAUUGCUUUUAAAUGUCAUGUCCCCACAGUGAGAUAUACCAAACUGCUCCCUCUCACUUCCAUUCAAGUAUAUGUGAGCAAUGACUUUUAUUUAAAUUCAUAAUGGCAUUUACUACCUGUAAUAUGAUAGAUCCAGACAGAUAGCAGAAUAAUCUUCAGCAAGUGGCUAUCAUUUGAUCCUAUUUUAUUCUUUCGUCCACUUUUCUUCAUCAAUCUCUCCUUGUGGAGAAAAAUCUUUACUUUAUGUCACUGAUGUAAAUUUAUGAGACUAUUACAAAGGUAUUUCAAAGCUUUUAUUGUUCAUUUAAAAUCAUAACAACAAUAAAAAAAAGCAUCAAGUUCUCUAGAAAUGAUGUGGAUCCUGGUAUAGGGUUGGCCAUUUUUAAAUGCCUCACCUUCAAAAAGCAAACUGGAGCAGUGGGAAAUCCUUCUUGUUACUUGAAGACAUGGAUGUAAGGGUUUGUCAAGGCUUACUAAAUAGGUGUGAAAAGAUGGGCUCUGAAGAAAGGACUUUUGAAAUAUUAAAGAACAGGUAAAACUGCAGCACUAUUGAUUUCAAAAGCACAAAGAGAAUAUUCAGAACAGGAAGAAAACAUCAAAAAGUCAUUGUAAAACAUUGCACAUACCAUCUUCACUGUCAGUGAUUUUAAGUGGAAAAUAUGGGAUCAGCUUUAAAAAAAAAAAGCCACACUAAGGGUAUUUUAUUGAUGUGCAUUCAUUUGCUAGAGGUCUCUUAAUUCUCAUGGGUUCCUGAAACUGUCAGAAAUCCUGCAAGUGUGAAUAGUGUUGUAUAAGCAAAAUUAAUGUCUUCAUUGCUGAGUGUGAUAUUUUAGGCCUUAAAUGUUCCUUAUUACCAGGAUUUUAUAAAAAUGGAAAUGUAAAUCUGUUACCGUUUACAUACUUCAGCCUACCUGACCUUAAGACAUUAUUUCAGCGUGGCAUUUAUCUCAGUGCUGUGAAGCAAGCACUCUCAUCCAUGCGUGAAUUCCACAUCACAAUUUACCCUAAAUAACCAUCACCUAAGAUUUAAAUGUAAAGACCUAGUCAAUUAAAUAAACACUGCUAAACAAACAGGGCACUGUUUGCUUUCAGAUUUAUUAUAAUCUGACCCUUUGAAUGAGAAUGAUACAUGAGGUGUGUGUGACAGAGAGUGAGGAGAGUGAGGGAGAAAAGAAAGGGAGCAUUUGAAAGGACACUCUGCUUUUCUUUGGCAAAUCUCAGGCACCAUUUCUACUAGAGAUAGUCAUUUUGUUUCCAAACACUUGAGACUAAUUGCUGGUUUGCUAGGAGAGGAUAGGGGUGUUAUUUCCAAGGACACUGAUGUUAAGCACAGUUGUUCACACAUUCUCUCACAGUUACCACCUAUCUCUGUAGAGGCAAGUCUACAUAGUGGAAGAGGUGAUAUAGAGAAAAAGGCUAUCCAACUAUAGAAAUCAGGACACCUGGCUUCCAGUAGCAUUAAUGCUGUUUAUUAGGUUGUGGCCAAAAGCAACUCACUUAACCCCUCAGGGCUUCAGUGUCCUAUGUUGAAUACAGAAGGUUGGAAUAAACAUUGCUGGAGAAACCUUACAAUUCGAAACUUCUCUGGUUGUCAAGGUUGUCUUGUUGACAGAAAAGCUGAGACCCACCUACGUUCUAUAAAUGAGAUCUAAACUGAGCCACCACUGCUUUCAAGCUCUGACUGGCACUGACUGGCUGGCAAGGUGGAAUCAAAAACAUUUCUGAAUUCAUUUGGAACAACAAUUACAUUAAUAUCCUGGGCCUUUGAAAAACCCUUUAAUAACCAAGCCUGUUCUACUUUGGUUUGACCAAGGAAAACAUUCCAAUAAACUAUUCAUAUAUACAAAUGAAGUUCUAAUCAAGCAAUUUUGGGGAAAAAAAGGAUGUAGUGAAAGAAUAUUCACACUCCUUAUUUAGAGUAAUACAAAUCUGUAGAAAAAGACUGAAUUCUCAAGGUUUAAGAAUCAGAUAAGAAUUUCUUCAGUUAUUUAAAAUCAUAGCCCCUAAGGACUUUCAGUAUCUUGAAAAGGAAGAAACCGGUAGACUAAAAAUAAAACAUUCUUCUAUUCUCUCCAUUCUCAGGGAAAUUCCUUCAUAUGUUCAUGUAGCAAAAUUUUAUUGAACACUUCUGGUAUUGCUAACACUGUACCAGGCAUAUAUAGAUAAAUAAAAUGUGGACCUUCUCUGAAGAAGCUGGCAGUCCAAGAGAGCAGAUCUGUGACUAGAAAAUGAGUAUGCAAAGUGAAAAAUGCUAUAAUAGAAGUUUAUGCAAAAUGCAAUGGAACAAAAGGGAUAGAUUCAGAUGAACUUUUUGGGUCCAGAGUUCCCCCAAAAUAUAACAUUUCAUAAAUUUGGGGAUAAAUCAGUGGUGGAAGGAAAGGGGGGAGAGUACUUAUUCUUUCAACAUCAUAUAGCACUGACUAUGUGUCAAGCAGUGGAGCUUACACUUUAGUGAGGAAUACAAGUACUGAGCUAGUAAUUAUGAGUGUGAUGAAUGAUACCAAAGGAGAAGUAUGAAAUGCUAGAAGAGCAUCUAAAGGGACAAUCUAGCUAGACUGGGUAAUCAAAGUGUGCUAUUCUGUGAAACCCUUCAAGUUGCCAUAAGCAGAGUGAGUAAGACUUAGCUGGUCAAAGAACCAAAGAAUACAGCUCUAGUAUGACUGAAGGUCACAAAGCUCAAUAAGACCCUGGUGGCUGCAGAGUAGAUUGCAAGGAUGAAAGUGGUAUAAGCUAAGACCAGAAAGGUAGGCGAGAGCCAGAUCCAGAAAGGCCUCACAGGCCACAGGAACAUCCUACAGGUAACAAACUGGGGCAGGACAACAGUGGAAGGAGAAAGAUCAGUUAUUUAUUACAACAGCUCGAAUAAGAGAUAAAAAACACUUAAGAGAUAAAAUAACACUUAAAAUAAUGAUUUUUUCAAAACUAGUGCUACCUACUGCUCAAAAAACCCAGAUGACCAUGCCUAAUCAUAGAUUUGUCUUCAGAACUGUUUUCCAUUCUGAGCUGAGUCAUCAAAUCAGCCUGAAUAGGAGGGCCGCACUUUUUACCUGUCUCGCACAUGCGCACUUCUCAUCUCUGAGGAUAAUCAGCUAGAGGGAAGGACUGACACAGGACCCGCACUUUCCACCUCUCACAAAGGCCUGCUCCAAAAAACAAUUCUUGAAAGGAUGGUGAAAAGGCCUACCAUUCUUGAAGUAAUUAAUGGUGAUCAAUGGUGAGAUAAUUCUUUAAAUGGUGGAAAUGAAGAUGAGAAGAUGAUGAUAAACUCUAAAACUACAUAGGACACAGAAUAGAUCUUGGUGAUUGAAUGUAGAAAUAAAGAAAAAUAAAGAACUUAGGAUAACUCCAGGGUUUGUUCAAUGAGAAACUGGCAGGACACUGAGAUAGAGGCUACUGGGAGGGAAAUGCAGGUGUGAAGCCGGCAACAUCAAGUGUACCAUGUUGAGCACUUUGUAUCUGAGGCCCCAUUGAGCAGUUGGUUAAAACAGCUUUAGACAUCAGAAGAUGAAUGGAAGUUGGAAUAGAGAUAAGUGAAAUCAUGGGAGUAGAUCAGAGUGAACUUGAUAAUGAAAGUGUAAAACACAUUGUUCUGGAAUACCAAGAAAUAAAAGAAAGUUGGAGAGGCAGUGGUCUGGAUGCCUUGGCCCUGCCGUGAGAUGGGUACAAGAGAGCCCAGUUCCUCCUUCUGAACUCUUUGUUUACUCCACACUCUUGCUACUUAUCCCCUUCUCAAUUUGCAUUCUGUCAGAGAUGGCCACAACAGAGCAAAGCAUAGUGGUAAAUCCAGUAUGAACUAGUACCACGCCUUACGGUGUAUAUGGCCAAUAUCCAGUACUUCAAAGAAGUCCAUAUAUUAUAAUCUGUAUGAAAGUGUUCACUCAUUCAUUUGUUAAUUCAAUAAAUAGUUAUUGAACACCCACUAUGCAUUACACACUGUUUUAAAUACUAGAGAUACAGAAGUGAACAAACUGUGCCUAUUAGAGUUUACAUUGUGGUAGACAGAAUCAAACAAUAAACAAAUAAACAAGUUUUCUGUGUGCUAGGAAAGAAAUGACAAAGCGAUGGGAAUGGAGAAAGAGCUGAUUGAGGUAGUUUGGCCAAACCUUUGAUUUUCUCAGGCCCCAGUGGGAAGCCAAUGAAUGCUCUACCAUAUCAGCUGUCUGGGGUGCUGACACACACCCUGCUUAGGUACCUACAUUCUUGCUCGCUGGCUAUAUAGACAGCUGUCCUCUCAAGAAUCCCCAUUGCUCAGAACCAAAUCAGUAGCAAAUUAAUCUACUGAGCAGAAGAAGAGUUCAAAAGGGGUUACACGGGAGCAUAGUAUUUAACAGAUGAAAGCUUCCAGCAUCCCAGCCUUCAUGCUGGUUUGUUGAUGAGUUUUUAAUUUCUUCCUCAUGGCUUCUUGGAUGAAAUAGCAAGUAAGGGAAAAAUCUAGGAGGCAUUCAUUUGACCCCUAAAAACCUGGAAAUCUCUACCCAUCCCUGGCAUAAAUAAAAAAGGGAUCUGAUCAAGUAACGUCUAAAUAUGCUAUACACCCUCUAUCUUCCUAUGCAAAGAAUAGCUUAUUUUAUAGUAGAUAUUGUAUUAUUCUUCUAAUUUGGUAAUUCAGAUCUUAAACUUAGGCCACUGGAGUAAACCUAAAUUUAAGCUUGAAAAACAUAGCUACUGGGAUUGGAGCCCAGCACUGUGCUUUAUAAUAAGAUUUUAAAGGAACCAUAAAAUAUCUAUCAGUGGGCCAAAGAAAUAUUAUAAUCUACAUAAGAUCUCUAUGAAAGUGUACUUGUUACCUUGUUAAGGGAAUAACACCUAGAACACAUACAUUUUGAGGCAAAGAGAAAGUCUGAGCCAGUUGGGAGGCACCCUGUAGGAAGAACAGAGCCAGGUAGGAAAUAUCACAGAGGAAGACGUGAGCUCCCACAUGGUAGCAUGAGGCUAUUGGCACUGGAAAAGGACCACUGAAAGGUCUAGAAGACACCAGGAGAAACAGGGGCUCCUGGAAAGUAGAGCUGGCAGGCACUUUAAAGUUCAACAGGGCAAGAUCUUUCCUUGUGGAAAACUGGGCCCCUGGUGGGGGGAAAGGUAUUUUAUAACAUAGACACUGAAAUCUGGAAUGGACUUCUGAAAUGGGGCACAGUCCUCAAUGUCAUUGGGUCAUAAGACUCCUCGGAGAGGUUUCUAAAAAUUACAGAUGCUCAGACCCUUCCCCUCCCAAUCACCAACAACUUUGACUCAUUAUAUCUUGGGUUGUUUUCAGAAAACUCUAUCUUAAAAAAAUGAUUUAUAUUAUCUAGAAUAUAGUCCUUUUUAUGAUAUAUGAAUUUCCUCUAUUAGGUCCCUUAUUUAUCAUACAGCCUCUUCAUGAACUCAAAUAUUCUAGUUGCCAGACUGUUCACUAUGUACUUAAUAAACUUAUUACUUUUUUCUCAAAUACUCCAGUGAGCAACUUGAUACAUGUCAGGGACUAUAUAUGAGGCUGUAAGGAUGGCUAGGAUACAAUCUUUGCUCAUAGGAACUGGUCUCUGGGCAGACUCCAGCCCAUUCAUGAUGCUGUUGAAAGGGAUCAUGAACAAAAUAUUCUAGGUAUGAACUACUCAUGGCAAGAGGCUCAUGUUGCACUUUUGUUGACAUGGCCUACAUUGGCCAUGCUUUUUGUUAGUCUUAACAUACUAGUUCUAAGGUCACAGAGCUCAUUAAUUAGAGAGCUGGGACUUCCGAUCUUAAUUCAACAUAUUUCUGCCACAUUGCUGUUCACCCAUUUCAAAAAUGUAUUUGAAUUGGAACCUUCUUAGUGUUGUCCUAAUGGCCCUAAAUGAUUUAACUAUUAAUAUUAUUCAUGCUAUGGAAUUUGAUUUUGCACCUGGUAAAAGUUAUUUCUUUAAAUGACAAAAAAUUUAUAGAUAAUAUAGACUUCAUGUUUAUUGAAUGAAUCCCAAGGAAGUGAUCAUUACAUUAUUCUCCAUAUGCCAUAACCCUAUGAAGUAUAGCAUCUCCUAUUGAGUUCUACAUCUAUGACAAAUAAAAUAACAUGUGGAAUAUAGCUCAGAUGAUAGUCAUAAUGAUGAUUAAAAGGAAGGAAAAUGACACGUGUGAGAAAAGGUAAAAGCAAUUGGAAUUACCUACUCUAGAAAAGAGAAGGCUGGGGAGUGAUAAUAUUCUUGCAGUACAGGGAGAAAUAUUAUACAUAAAGAUAAUUGGCUGGGCCCCAUUUGAACUGACAGAAGAAAAAAAAUGGGCCUGACACUCAUUUCUUUCUUAGAGAUAAACAUAAAUGAAAGUUAAAUUGAUGCUAAGAAAAUGUUGCUGAACGUACAAUCUGAUUACUGAGAGACUAGAAAUUGUCAUUCACUAAAGGACUUUUUACUAAAGGAGUUAAAAAAUAAAAAACAAACUAAACUAAUUUAUACUUGCAUCUUGUGAUAAUGUACAUUAUGGGGCUGUUCCGUGGCUGGGGCCACAAGGGCAGUUCUUUGAGGGAGAGUGAUGGUGUUGCUUGGGACAUUUGACAAAGGUGAUUAUGAAAUGUCAUUUAAUUAAGCAAAGAGCAUUCUGAGGACUUUAAGGCCUUCUCUCCCCCAAGAUACAGUCUUCCCCUUGUUCCCUACCUCUGCCCUCACAUUCUGUGACUCCUGGGAGGCAUAGAGUGUCCUAAGCUACAGUAGUUAGCUGAACCGUCCUGGCUCAUGCAUAAUGCAAGACUGAUGUUAAAGACAAUGUGUGGUAACAAAUGUAUUUUAAAUAACAUGUGUUUAUAAUUAUAUAAUAGACCAGCACUGAAGGAUCAUUAAUUACAAAUGAAGUAAAUCUAAGGAUAAAAUGUAUUUUUUCUCCUGGACUUCCUGGAAGAGGUGUUUUGGUCAUCAUUUCACAGACUUUGGAGCCACUACUUAGAAGAUAAAAUAUAAUAUAUCUCAGCAACACUUUUCCAAUAACAUGAGCAGACAGAUACUACUGUAUAGGUCAUCUGUGUAAUCUGCGUAUAAACCAACUGUAUUAUGAAGAUGUAUUGGUAAAUCAAUUAAAUAGAUCCCGCCUACCAUGCUUGAAAAUAAAUUAGCAAGAUGACUGUAGAGUCCUUUUACAAACCCUGUAUAUAUAAAACUAUUUUCUUCUUGAGGGAUUGCUCAAUACGAGUACCUGGAAAAGUUAGGAAAUAAUUUUCCAGGCAAGGCACUAAGCAGAAUUUAACUUUCAUCUGCACAGAAUGUAACCACAAGGUUUCAGAGCUCCAAUUGUCUAUCUCUAUAGCUUCAAAAAGGAUUGACUUGAAGACAAAAUUUCCAUGUCGUAGAAUCAUUUUCCUGGGAGUUCUUUAAGUUUUUCACAGUAACACAUUGGAGAACUCAGUAGCAAAUAGACUAACCCAUUGCUGGGAAGUUGUCCUAAAUGAGUACCAAAAUCAGUUGAAUCGGCGUUCUUCAAAUUCAUUCGAAACACCUGGGGAAAUUAUUUAAAAUGCAGAUCCUGAUUCAAUAUUGCUGAGACGGGGCCUAAGAGUCUGUGUUUCUGGAGAGAUCCUAAUUGAUUUUCUGCUGCUGAUUCGUGAACCACUCUUGAGUGGCGAGAGUUAGAUCAUUUGCAAAAGUCAAUUCAAUUUAGCACUCAAUUAUUGAUCACUUAUUUUCUGCCAAAUUCUGUGUCAGUGUGGUCUUCCAAAGUAGCAUCACUAAAAGGCUGCAAUAUUAUUUAUAAAAUUUAGUUUAGUUCAUGUGGUAGAGUGUAAUAGUAUUACCAAACUUCUCCACUAGUUAAAAAAAAUCAUCUGGGGUUUUUGUUUAAAGUGAUUCCAUGGAAUUAAAGUGGACAUUACCAUUACCAGGUAAUUCUUAUCAUUGCCUUGGAAACACUUUUAGUAUUACUUAAGGUUACAGGCACUGAGGUUGGCUAGACCUUGAUGUGAAUCCUGGUUCUUCCACUGAAUGGCUAUAAAUUUGGAUGAGUUUCUUAACUUCUCUCCUCCUUGAUUUUCUUAUCUAGGAAACUGAGGCAACAAGACUAAUCUUUAGGGGUUGACUUGAGGAUUUAGUGAAAUAAUGUACAUAAAAGCUUAACUGCAGUGCCUGACUCAUAAUAGGUGUCCCAGUUACUACUGCUACAUCACAAAUAACCUCAAUCUUAGUGACAUAAAACCACCACUAUUAUAGUAUGCGAUGGAUUCUGUGGGCCAGAAAUUUGGAAAGGGCAUGGCAGCCUCAGGGUAGUCAGACUUUGAUGUGGCACCUCAGGGCCCCAUGCAUGAGUGUAGCAGUGAGCCAAGCUGAGGCUGUAUCUUCUGCCAUGACCUGCCCCAAAGGCCACACCACGUCACUACCACCACUCCUAUUGGCUGCAGCAAGCCCCCUGUAGUCAAGGGUAGGAGAGUCACAUUCCCACUAUGAAUGAGACAGUGGCAAAGUCUCAUUAUUGUAGAAGAGCAUGCAGGGCAGUCUUCUUUGGAAAAUAAAGUCAGCCACAGUAGGCAAACAAUAAUUAUUUCUCUCCUUCUCGUCAGCUGAAAAUUGUCUUAGUCUUCUUGGGCUGCUGUAAUAAAUUACCAUAGACUCGGUGGCUUACACAACAGAAAUUUAUUUCUCACAGUUCUGGAGGCUGGGAAGCCCAAGAACAAAGUGCCAGCUGAUUCAAUUCUUUGUAAGGGCUUCUUUCUAGUUAUGUCCUCACAUGGCAGAGAGAGGGGCGAGAGGUGAGGGAGAGAGAUACUUCUAGUUUCUUUCCUUUCUUUGAAGGACACUAAUCCCAUUCAAGAGAGCACCACUCUCAUGGCCUGAUUCCUUUCCGAAGGACCCACCUUCAAACACCAUCACACUGGGAAUUAAGCUUCAACCUAUGAAUCUCGAGGGACACAAACAUUCAGUCCCUAGUACCUAUCAAAUAGUUGUGCUAUAGUGACACCUGUCACUCUAUCCUUGCCUGGUAAAAACUCCAUCAGUCUUGGGUUCCCUAGAGGUCAUUGUUCGGUCUCCUACUCAUUACAUCUAUGUCUAGCUUAGUCUAAGAACAUCACUGGCGGUUCCUAGUUCACAAUUAUAACUAAGUGCAUUUAGAGAGGUGUUGGUUCUCAUCCCAAAGUAUGGGCAGAGAUUAUUUCCUUCAACAAAGGGGCCUUUCUGGUCAUUACAGAGCUUUUCCAAAACAAGUCUGCUCUUCUUCCUGAGGCUGAAGACAGCUUUGUGUCUCUGGAUGAGGGGACUGCACCCAAGCUCCUAAUGGCAAUGGUCCUAUCUCUGAUUAUCCUCCAGUUUCUAGAUUGAAAUUACAUUGCAGUAUAUGGUUCAGAGUUGGUACUCAAUACUGUUACAUGAAUUCAGUUUCAUUCUUUGUGUUAUCACACAGCUUCCUUUCCUCUCCAAAUUAGGUUCUGAAUCUAGUUCACCAUCACUAACCCUUUCCUCCAUAUUUCCCCCAGUUGAACACUUACCAGCCUAUUCUUAUUACCCAGAACAAAAUAGAACACAACCCCACAAGUACGACUUUCCACUCUUCUUCCUCAUCUCAAGUUGAUUACUUUUCAGGCACAUAAUUAAAAAUGAAAGCACUAGGAGCCCUUUUAAUGUCAAAUCUCAGAAUUCCUGCUCCCAUUAACUGUUUGCAUUCUCUGUGCACCUAAUCUAAGAAUCUGUUGAAAUUAAUAUAGUCAUUUUAUCUUGUAACACUCUUUUUAAUAGAACUGGUCAAACUCCAUCAUAACUAUAACUGUAACUAUGUGUCAGGAGAGGUCUCAGUCCUGGGAAUUAAAAACAAAACUGAAAUGGGCAACUUGAACACUGCAGCCAGGAUUGAGGCAAGGGGGGGGGGGAUAGAUGUGAGUGGGAAUCAAAGAAAAGUAAUGAACCAGGUCUCAAGACCCAGCCAAGGAUAGAACCUAUAGAUUAGGAGACAAUACAAAUUAGAGUAAGACAGAGUUCUCCUUUCUGGGCAAAUUAAAUAAAAUAGGCAGGAGGAAGACAAGUGCAAGAUAACUAUAACACAAGACAGAAGGUGAUAUAGCACACACACAUAAAAAAAGACCCAUAUAGAUUCACAAGAAAUCUGUGGAAGCUUUUAAUAGAAGAAAUGUCAUUUUACUCAAACAAGGCCCUUCUCCCAGGAGAAAAGCAAGCUUUUGGGGAAGACAUAUGAAGUCCCCCUGCUGUAGCUCCUCUCCCAAUGCCCUACCCUCACCCACAUCCAUAUAUGUUUCAUCCUCUUCUUUCCCUGGCUAACUCAUAAAUCCCACAAGUUCUUGAAGACUCCCCUCAGUCAUCUCUUUCUGAGAAGAAGGGGUUAGUUACUAGGUCUCUGUGUCCCCCUUGGCCUAUCAUAGCCGAGCAAGAGCUAUCAUGGCACAAACUACAGAGCGUUUGCAUUUAUCUGCAUUUACCUAUCUUCUUCACCAACCAGCAAGCUUCUUGAGGAAUUUGGUGACAAGCUCUGUUAGUCUGUUCCUCCCUUAUUUGAAGGGCAGGCCAAAGAUCCAGUUUGGAAAUGAGAGAGGAGGACUAGCGGCAACAUUAGCUCUACCAUUGAUAUCUCCCAGAAGUGCAGAAACAGGACUCAUGAAGAUGUUGACAAGACUCCAAGUUCUUACCCUAGCUUUAUUUUCAAAGGGAUUUUUACUCUCUUUAGGGGACCAUAACUUUCUAAGGAGGGAGAUUAAAAUAGAAGGUGACCUUGUUUUAGGGGGCCUAUUUCCUAUUAAUGAAAAAGGCACUGGAACUGAAGAAUGUGGGCGAAUCAAUGAAGACCGUGGGAUCCAACGCCUGGAAGCCAUGUUGUUUGCUAUCGAUGAAAUCAACAAAGACAAUUACUUGCUGCCAGGAGUGAAGCUGGGUGUUCACAUUUUGGAUACAUGUUCAAGGGAUACCUAUGCAUUAGAGCAAUCACUGGAGUUUGUCAGAGCAUCUUUGACUAAAGUGGAUGAAGCUGAGUAUAUGUGUCCUGAUGGAUCCUAUGCCAUUCAAGAAAAUAUGCCACUGCUCAUUGCAGGGGUCAUUGGCGGCUCUUACAGCAGCGUCUCCAUACAGGUGGCGAACCUGCUGCGGCUCUUCCAGAUCCCUCAGAUCAGCUACGCGUCCACCAGCGCCAAACUCAGCGACAAGUCGCGCUACGACUACUUUGCCAGGACCGUGCCCCCCGACUUCUACCAGGCCAAAGCCAUGGCCGAGAUCCUGCGCUUCUUCAACUGGACCUACGUGUCCACCGUGGCCUCCGAGGGCGACUACGGGGAGACGGGCAUCGAGGCCUUCGAGCAGGAAGCCCGCCUGCGCAACAUCUGCAUCGCCACGGCCGAGAAGGUGGGCCGCUCCAACAUCCGCAAGUCCUACGACAGCGUGAUCCGGGAGCUGCUGCAGAAGCCCAACGCGCGCGUCGUGGUCCUCUUCAUGCGCAGCGACGACUCGCGCGAGCUCAUCGCCGCCGCCAGCCGCGCCAACGCGUCCUUCACCUGGGUGGCCAGCGACGGCUGGGGCGCGCAGGAGAGCAUCGUCAAGGGCAGCGAGCACGUGGCGUACGGCGCCAUCACCCUGGAGCUGGCCUCGCAGCCCGUCCGCCCCUUCGACCGCUACUUCCAGAGCCUCAACCCCUACAACAACCACCGCAACCCCUGGUUCCGGGACUUCUGGGAGCAAAAGUUCCAGUGCAGCCUCCAGAACAAACGGAACCACAGGCGCGUUUGCGAGAAGCACCUAGCCAUCGACAGCAGCAACUACGAGCAAGAAUCCAAGAUCAUGUUCGUGGUGAACGCGGUGUACGCCAUGGCCCACGCCCUGCACAAAAUGCAGCGCACCCUCUGCCCCAACACCACCAAGCUUUGUGAUGCUAUGAAGAUCCUGGAUGGGAAGAAGUUGUACAAGGAUUACUUGCUAAAAAUCAACUUCACAGCUCCCUUUAACCCAAAUAAAGGUGCAGAUAGCAUCAUCAAGUUUGACACUUUUGGAGACGGAAUGGGGCGAUACAACGUGUUCAAUUUCCAGUAUGUAGGUGGAAAGUAUGGCUACUUGAAGGUUGGUCAUUGGGCGGAGACCUUAUCACUAGAGGUUGAUUCUAUUCAUUGGUCCCGGAACUCAGUCCCCACUUCCCAGUGCAGUGACCCCUGUGCCCCCAAUGAAAUGAAGAACAUGCAGCCAGGGGAUGUCUGCUGCUGGAUUUGCAUCCCCUGCGAGCCCUACGAAUACCUGGCUGACGAGUUUACCUGUAUGGAUUGUGGGCCUGGGCAGUGGCCCACUGCAGACCUAACUGGAUGCUUUGACCUUCCUGAGGACUACAUCAGGUGGGAAGAUGCCUGGGCCAUUGGUCCAGUCACCAUUGCUUGCCUGGGUUUUAUGUGCACAUGCAUGGUUGUAACUGUUUUUAUCAAGCACAACAACACACCCUUGGUCAAAGCAUCAGGCCGGGAACUCUGCUACAUCUUAUUAUUUGGGGUUGGCCUGUCAUAUUGCAUGACAUUCUUCUUCAUUGCCAAGCCAUCACCGGUCAUCUGCGCGUUGCGUCGACUCGGGCUGGGGACUUCCUUCGCUGUCUGUUACUCAGCCCUGCUGACCAAGACAAACUGCAUCGCCCGCAUCUUCGAUGGGGUCAAGAAUGGCGCUCAGAGGCCAAAAUUCAUCAGCCCCAGUUCUCAGGUUUUCAUCUGCCUGGGUCUGAUACUGGUGCAAAUUGUGAUGGUAUCUGUGUGGCUCAUCCUGGAGGCUCCAGGCACCAGGAGGUACACCCUUCCAGAGAAGCGGGAAACAGUCAUCUUAAAAUGCAACGUCAAAGAUUCCAGCAUGUUGAUCUCUCUUACCUAUGAUGUGAUCUUGGUGAUCUUAUGCACUGUGUAUGCCUUCAAAACGCGGAAGUGCCCAGAAAAUUUCAACGAAGCCAAGUUCAUAGGUUUUACCAUGUACACCACCUGCAUCAUCUGGCUGGCUUUCCUUCCUAUAUUUUAUGUGACGUCAAGUGACUACAGAGUACAGACCACCACCAUGUGCAUCUCUGUCAGCCUGAGCGGCUUCGUGGUCUUGGGCUGUUUGUUUGCACCCAAGGUGCACAUCGUCCUGUUCCAACCCCAGAAGAAUGUGGUCACACACAGGCUGCAUCUCAACAGGUUCAGUGUCAGCGGAACUGGGACCACGUAUUCUCAGUCCUCCGCAAGCACGUAUGUCCCAACGGUGUGCAACGGGCGGGAAGUCCUCGACUCCACCACCUCAUCUCUGUGAUUGUGAAUUGCAGUUCAGUUUUCGUGUUUUUAGACUGUUAGACAAAAGUGCUCACGUGCAGCUCCAGAAUGCGGCAGCAGAGCAAAAGAACCCUAGUACCUUUUUUUAGAAACAGUACAAUAAAUUAUUUUUGAGGACUGUACAGUAUAUAGUGAUGUGAUAGAACUUUCUAGGCUGAUUCUAGUGUCCCUAUUAUUAACAGUUCCCCCCAGAACAUGGAAAUAACCAUUGUUUACAGAGCUGAGCAUUGGUGACAGGGUCUGACAGGGUCAGUCUACUAAAAAAAAAAAAAAAAAAAAAAA